GGAGGAGGAGGAAGAGGAGGAGGACAGACACAGACAGACGGACAGAGCGGAGCUGCUGUAAAGUUGAGAGCGUCGAAAGACAAAGUAAAACCACAGCAAGUGCUUCUGAACAGGUUCUUCUCUCCACUAAUAGAUGUGUCCACUAUGGAGCACUGAGCGUGGCACUGUGUUGAAGGUGGGGGUUUCAUGGAUCCCAAUGCUGGAGAGCCUCAAGUCAGCUCCAAACAGUGGUAAGAAGAUGGAGACGAUGGCGUGCAUAUAAGAUAGACCUUCAUCUGUUCCGUUUUAAGAUGAGCCAAGGGCCAAAUCUUGUCCUCGAGUGGCUCACAAAGCUCCAUCUGGCCCAGUAUGUGGAGUCAUUCAUCGACAAUGGGUACGACGACUUGGAAGUCUGCAAGCAGAUCGGACAGCCAGACCUGGACGCCAUAGGUGUCUCCAUUGAGUAUCACCGGCACAGACUUCUUUCAGCAGUGCAGGGGCUAAAAGAGGACGACAAAAGAAAGUCGCUGGGCUACUAUUACACCUUGGAGCCUCUGGAUGCCUCCACUUGUCACCACACUUCACAGUCAAACACAGAGGAUGACUUCAGGACACUGAGGUCACACACAGUGACCGCAGGGAUUCACCAGGCCUCCUGUCCUGGAAACCACAACCUGAGAUUCACAGAUUGUAACGACUUUAUGACAUAUCCCAAACUGAAACUGAAAGUACUGAUAAGGGAUAAACUUGCUAAAGACGGAAUUAAUCUCGGAGAAGCGCCUUACACCUACAAGGAUGGCUCAGUGGGGAACCUUGAUGACCUGGCUCAGGAAUACUCUCAGUAUUACGGCACCUCCCUCAGUGACGUGUGUGACAGAAUGGAGGAGCUGCGGAAGCGCAAAGUAGUGCACAAUGCAGAGAUGGGAAAACUUGACUCAGUGGCCACAUCAGUGCAGCUCCGCUCUCAGAUCCAGGAAUCCCUUGGACUCACCAGUGCCACAUCAACUCCAGAGACUGAAAGAAGGUAUCCUGUGCACAGAUCGAGCUCUGACGAUGGAUCAUCAGGAGGAAAAUCGGACGGAAAGAGAAAGAACAAGUCUUUUUGGCAGAGUUUCCGAAAGUCGCAGAAAGGAGUGAUGCGUCAGAUUGCAAAAGGUGAUGGCGUUGGCUUUGUAGCCAGUGAAAUCACCAUGAGUGAUGAAGAGCGUAUCCAGCUGAUGAUGAUGGUGAAGGAGAAUAUGAUUUCUAUAGAGGAAGCCCUGGCGCGGCUGAAGGAGUUUGAGGUACAGAACAGACAAACCUGCAGGUCCGAUCCCACAGAAUGGACUGAUGCCUCCAGUCCCAACACAAAUGAGUCGUUCAACUGCAACUCCUGCGAGCUGUCAGACAAUGAACAGGAAGAGUCUGUCACGUUCAGGAGACUCCACAGACUGGUCAACUCGACCCGGAAGGUGAAGAAGAAGCUGAUCAGAAUCGAUGAGUCCAAGAGAACUGGAGCCGACGAGAGCCCAAACAUAGAUGGUCUAUUCUGUGCAGAGGCCAGUACCUCCCUGUACGCGGGCGUGCUGAAGAAGCCUGCACUUUGCCCCGUGGACUCCCUGGCUUCUGCACUGCAGGAACAGCUCGUGUAUGACAGGGACUCGGAGAGUCUGACGCCCUCCUCCCCGUCCUCCAGCAGCCUGGACACCUGCAGCAGCCAGAAAAUCUUCCAGGCCUCGAGCAAGCCGAGCGAGAGCCCCGUUCAUCAGGAGGCGAGCGUCGCCGGCGAGGCGAGGGAGGCAGGAGAAGGCAGCGGCUCUUCGAUUUCGGAAACGGACGUCUGCAAGGAGGAGAAGGACACCAAAAUGGCUCGAUCGGUGACGGACGGGGAGCUGCCUCACCGUAACCUCAAAUUACUCAGCCUCCAUGGGAGAGCCUGCAGUUUUGGAGGAUUUGACCUGACUAACCGCUCAACGCUCUCCGUUAUCUCUGGCAAUGAGCACGCGAACACACACAGAGACUGCGGUGUGGGCGACGCUUUAAAGUCUCCGCCAAUGUCACGUAUUUCUCUGGGCAAGAAAGUCAAGUCUGUGAGAGAGACGAUGAGGAAACACAUAUCAAAGAGAUACCACAGCUCUCUUUGUGAACAGUCAAGUCCAGACCGUGUUCCCAGCUGCCCUCACUCACCUCAGUCAGAAUCUGACUCUUUGGAGAAACCUAAACUGAAGCCUGGAGGUUCUGUAGAAAGCCUGAGGAGUUCACUGAGUGGACAGAGUUCCAUGAGUGGUCAGACAGUGGGCACCACUGACUCCUCCAACAGCAACAGAGAAAGUGUGAAGUCUGAGGACGGUGAAGAGGACGAGCUGCCUUACCACGGACCCUUCUGUGGACGUGCAGUAGUUCAUACUGAUUUCACACCCAGUCCCUAUGACGCCGACUCUCUCAAACUCAAGAGCGGCGACGUCAUUGACAUCAUCAGUAAGCCGCCGAUGGGCACGUGGAUGGGGAUGCUCGGCGGUAAAGUCGGCACCUUCAAGUUUAUAUACGUGGACGUCCUGAAUGAGGAGCAGGCGAAGCCCAAGAAGACGCGCAGGAGGAGGAGGGCUCGGCAACCCAAACCCACGUCUGUGGAGGAGCUCCUCGAUCGCAUCAACCUCAAAGACCAUCUCCCCACUUUCCUUUUCAAUGGCUACGAGGACCUGGACACGUUCAAGUUGCUGGAGGAAGAAGAUCUGGAUGAGCUGAACAUACGAGAUCCCCAGCACAGAGCUGUGCUGCUCACUGCUGUGGAGCUGCUGCAAGAGUACGACGGCGGGUCAGGAAGCAGCGACCCAGACCGAGGCAGUGAGUCCAGAGGCUCGCAGGAGAAGCUGCUCCUGGACAGACGCGGCGGACUCAUGGGAGAUUCCCCGCGAGACUCGGGCUGCUACGAGAGUAACGAGAACCUGGAGAACGGAAGGGACAAAAAGACAUCUUCGUCCGUGAGCAGGUCCUCCUCUGGUUUCGAGUCGAGCCGCCUCUCCUCUCCAGAUCCGCCUGCCCUCACUCUGACCCUGAACCUCAGCAGCCCGGUUAAGAUUUUACCCCACAGCCCACCAGAAUGCCCUCCCUGUAUCUUACCAUCACUAAGACCCCCUAAGUACAGCUUAGGUCUCGUGAGCCCAUCAUUUGUUAAUCCUCCCAGUGGAGCCCCUGCUAGGAGCCAGAGCUGCAUGGAUCUGAGAAGGAAGCCAGCACCGGAGUCGCUGAUGCACUGCUUCUCCCUGUCAGAUCUCCACAAAGAGCAGAGGAAUAAACUCAGCGACCCAAAAGCCUGGAAUCUGAGCUCCAAGAGUGAGGAGACCAGGAGGCAGAACCAUUUCAAGGUCAAUAUUCCGUCUUCAACCGCAGCAAACGAUGCUCUGUGUGAGACUUUGAAUGUGGGCGGGAGCAAUGUGUUUGCUCCUAAUGGAGGGAAAACAACACAGAGCGCAGGCCUUAAUCUGCAGAACACUGUGCCAGCACAAAGGUCUAAUCAUCCCAUUAAUAUGUCAUCCUCACCAAACUCGCAACAAGAGCCGUUACUAACAGAAACCGUCUGCGUGGAGAACUCCACAGGCCACGCGUCGUCACAGGGUCAAAGGAGUUUCUUACUUUCAGCCAAUAGUGAAGCUCGACUGCUGAAAGUGAAAAGAAAGGACAAGACGGCCGCUGUUACAGGACGCUCGUCUCAAAAAGGAGACGCUUCCUGAAAAGUUAUUGUCAU